AUGGCACUGCGACGGAUCGCGAUAGUUGUCGGCCUGCGCAUCGCUGCGGCCUACGUGCCACCGACGACGCGCGCGCGCCGGUCACUACAAUUAUCAGCCAAAAAAAUCGAUUUCGUGGUGGAGGAAGAGAGCCGCGACUUUUUGGACGUGUCGAGCGUCUUCCUCGACUCGUUCUGGGCCGACAAGGCCGGCUCCCAGGAGCUCACGGCGGCGCAGCGGCGGGAACUGCGGAGCGGCCAGCUCGACGACUUCCGGAGGCGGUACGCGUUAAGAAGGGACACGCGGCGCAAAGCCACAUUAUUCGUGGCCAAGGACGGCUCGACCAUCAUCGGAUGUGCGGGCGUGGAGCUCGACGGCGCAGUUGGUGAAAACUUGGUUCCUGUAUUGUCAAAUGUCGCGACGGCGCGCGAAGGCCGAAGGCGGGGCGUCGCCACAACCCUCGUAAGAGAGGCCGAGAAGCGCGUCCGGGAGUGGGGCUGCACGGAGAUGGAUCUCGUGGUUGAGGAAUCCAAUAAACCCGCGCGCAACUUGUAUUCGAAGCUUGGGUAUAGUGUCAUCAGCAAGGACACGGCGUCGGACACGCUCGUGCCCACCGACGACGGCCGCAUCGCCAAGCAGACGACUACUACUUUGA